AUGCUCGCGAGACUGUCGGCGCGAUCGACCAAACGCGCGAUCGCGUCCUCGGCGUCCUCGGCGUUGACGUGUGAGCGAGUGGCGGUGCAGGGCAUCACGACGAACGCGCGCGCUCGAUCGCACGCGAGAGACAUCGCGAGCGAAGGAGCGCGAGGGAAGGAGCGAAGCGUCCGGGGCGACGCUAGGGCGGGGCGCGACGCGCGCGUCGGAAGCGCGAAGCGGACGUUCGCUUCGAGCGCCGAGGACGAGGCGAAGAACGCGAAAGAUGACGACGUCGUGGUGGAUCUCGAUGCGAAGAUUAAACCUCAGGCGAGCGCCAAGGUGUCGGCGAUCGCGGAUCAAGUGUGCGAGCUCACUCUGUUGGAGGUGAACGAGCUGUGCGACGUCUUGGCGGAGAGACUCGGUUUGGGUGACAUGAGUGGGAUGAUGUUCGGCGGUGGGAUGAUGCCGAUGGGUGGUGGUGGUGGUGCCGUCGGUGGUGGCGGCGGCGGCGGCGCGGCGGCGGCGGCACCGGUCGAGGAGAAGACGUCGUUUGCGCUCAAGCUCGAAUCGUUUGACGCGGCGCAAAAGAUCAAGGUGAUCAAGGAAGUUCGCGGUAUCACCGAACUCGGGCUCAAGGAGGCGAAGGAACUCGUGGAAGGUGUGCCAGCCGUGUUGAAGAAGGAUCUGAAGAAGGAGGAGGCCGAGGAGUUGAUCGCCAAGCUCACCGCGGUGGGCGCCAAGUGCGUCUUAGAGUGA